UCUCUGGAGAUGAGGCGAGAGGACUUGGGGACAGCUGUGGGGACACGGCCCAGAAAAUCUGGUCCUGGCAGAAGUGACUGGCGGGGACCAGGAUGCUGGAGGGUCAGCUCGAGACCGGGGAGCCCAAGGAAGGCACUCACCCAGAGGACCCAUGCCCGGGAGCUGGGGCUGCCAUGGAGAAGACAGCUGCGGCAGCUGGGGUCCCCAGGGAGGACGGCAAUGCUGGGGAGAUGCCGUCAUUACAGCAGCAGAUACGACUCCACCAAGAGCUCAGGAGACAGGAGUCGCUGUGGGCUGAUGUUCACAGAAAACUCCAGAGUCAUAUCGAUGCCUUGAGGAAGCAGAACCUGGAGCUCCGAGAAGAGCUGAGAAGUCUGCAGCGGCAGCAGUGGGAAGCCGGGAAGAAGCCUGCAGCGUCCCCACACGAAGGGCGAGAACCACACACUCUGGCAUUGCAACCUGCUUUUGGAAAAAUUUCACCUCUGGCAGCUGAUGAAGAGACAAUGCCCAAAUACACUGGCCGCAAGAGUCAGAGUGCCACUCUCCUGGGACAGAGAUCGUCACCUAACAACUUAGCUGUUGUUAGGUGGGCAACUCCAAAGCCAAUGAGUUUAAAGACAGAAGGAAUUAACUCAGCGAAAACACCACCACAGGAAGAUAGAGAGAAAAGUCCUCCCGGGAGACAUCAGGACAGAAGUCCGGCACACACUGGAAGGCCGACUCCCGGUGCAGAAAGACGGGGGGUGUCUAAAGACGGAAAGGUUAUGCAUCCAUCUUCCCGAAGUCCACAAAACUCCAGUGGCAGAAAAUCACCAGUGCAGGCUUCCCAGGCCGCCACGCUGCAGGAGCAGACAGCAGCAGCUGGAGGAGCUGAUGGAAGCUCAUCAGUCUUAGAGAGUUCUGAAGGCAGAUUUCUCAGCCACGUUCAACCUGAGGAGUUGGCUGGUUCUUCCCCAAACAUUGCAGAACGGCAGGAAAUUCGGGCUGUGAACUUACGUGUGAUGUAA